CUGUCUCUAUUUUCUUCCGCAGCCCUAAAUCAACGAGCGUGUAUUGCUGCCGGAGAAACUGGAUUCUCCUUGUUAUUCUGAGCUAGCUUUGAUACGCUCUGCCUUUGACCGUCCAGCGUCCACAUAUAUAUUGUUAAUAUGUUUUCUGGCAUAAAGAUCAUACCUCGUGAUCAGGUGGUUGAUGAUAGCUCAGAUGGAGAAGAAAAUAAAUCUAAAAGUGGCAAGGAUAGAAGAAAAAAGAACAAAGACGUUAACAGAAAGGAGGAUAAGAGAGACGGUAAGAUGUCCAAGGGUGGAGAUGACGUCUUGCUGAAAGGGGAUAUUGUUAGAAAGAACAAUGGCCUCGAUUGGAUGCUGCCACCAACCCGAAAGUCUGAUCCAGUCCCUGCUUUAGAUGCAGAGGAAAAACUGGAAAAAAGUACACAUGAAGAGGUUGUUAAAGUAAACCCGAGGGAGCUGAAUCCUUUUUUGAAAGGAAAUGGAACGGGUUAUCCAGAGGAAGAACCUGAGAAAAGAAACGGUAAAGAUCAGCUCUUACCAUCUUCUGUUGUUGGAGAUGGAGGUGCGAGUUGGAGAAUGAAAGCGCUCAAGCGUGCAAAGGAACAGGCUGCAAGAGACGGGCAAAGACUUGAGGAGGUUGUUGGAGAACGAUUUGGUUCACUUGGUGACCUUGUUGAGUCCGUGGCAUCUCAAAGGGCAGCUCCCUCUCGUGCUCAUUUGAAUGCCAUUAAUAACAGAAGAAGAGGCCAAAAUGAAGAGAAUGAUAAAGAAAAGAAACCAGAGAGAAUUUCUGAGAAGGGUAAUGGUCGGGAGUAUUUGAAGGGUGACGCACUGAAUCAUCGUGUACUGAGAGCGCCUAAAACUGAUCCUUCAUUAUCCUGGGGGAAAAGAAAGGGCCAAACUCAUAGACAUGAAGACUCAAAGCUAAUAUCUGAAGCUGCAGCUCACUUGAAUAAGUUUUCCAACGAUGGAAGCUUCAUGAAGGAAAUGCUAGAUAAGCAGAAGAAUGAAUCAGUGGAGACCGGAGAGACUCGUGGAGAUCACAGAAGCGACAUGGAGCAAAAAACAUUAACGUCAGCGACCAAAAAAGAUGGUGAAGGGACUCUUAACAAUAUGGAAUCUUUAAGUGUGAAUCAACUGGCUGCUAAAGCCUUACAGCUCCGUCUGAAAGGGAAACUUGAAGAAGCCCAGAAACUUACGGAAGAAGCAGAGAGGCUGAAAGCAAAGCAAGCUGUAGGAGACGAUUCAUCAAAAGAACAAAACUACAUCAGAGCAGCGAGGUAUCCUAUAAAAGACACGUCAGGUAGAAGGAAAAAUGAAGAAGAUAAUACGGAUAAGCAUCUGGCCAAAAGCAUUAUGCAUAACAAACAGUACAAGACAUCUAAUCAAGCAGCUGAGGAUGAGUAUGACUAUGGAGACACUCCAAGCAAAAAGUCACGGAAGCGGGAAAGCAACGUUCCUGAAAAAGAGCAUCUCGUGAAACGCAUCAUGACACAGCAAGAACGCUGCCUCUUCUGUUUUGAGAACCCAAAACGGCCGAAACAUUUAGUUAUAUCAAUCGCAAACUUCACCUAUCUUAUGUUACCACAACAGCAGCCCCUUGUCCCAGGCCAUUGCUGUAUCUUACCAAUGCAGCACGAGGCAGCCAGCAGAAGUGUGGACGACAACGUUUGGGAUGAGAUUAGGAAUUUCAAGAAGUGUCUUAUAAUGAUGUUUGCGAAAGAAGGAAAAGACGUUGUAUUUUUGGAGACAGUGAUUGGUUUAUCUCAGCAGCGUCGCCACUGUUUGAUUGACUGUAUCCCAGUCCCUCAGGAGAUAGCGAAAGAAGGGCCUCUUUACUUCAAGAAGGCAAUUGAUGAAGCUGAGAGUGAGUGGAGUCAGCACAACGCAAAGAAGCUCAUUGACACAAGCGUGAAGGGUCUCAGGAAUUCCAUUCCCAAAAAUUUCCCAUACUUCCACGUUGAGUUUGGUCUAGACAAAGGGUUUGCUCACGUGAUUGAUGAUGAGCAACAGUUCAAUAUCAAUCUUGGAUUGAAUGUAAUCAGAGGAAUGCUAGAGUUGCCGGAAGAAGACAUGUACAGAAGAAGAAGGCAUGAGUCAGUGGAGAGCCAGAAGAAAGCGGUUGUGAGCUUUGCACGGGAAUGGGAACACUUUGAUUGGACGAAACAGCUCGAUUAGACAGAUCUAUGGUUUGCCCUGUAAUAGCUCGCCAUCUGUUGUCUUCUCUUUGCAACAAAAAGGAUUUUUGAACUUGUUCUUGUUUUCAUAUUGUUAGUCCUUAAACUAUGACUGUAUGUUUCCUCGUCGGAAACAUACCGAUCUCGAGUUGUCCUUCUCAUUCUUGUUAAAUGAAUCCCUCAAAACAUUGUUAAUGGACAUGGAAACAAAUUGGUGUGUUCUAUCGUGUAACCAAUUCUGUGUAGUAAUUAAACAUUUGAGAACA